GAUUUUCCUCAGUUUUCUUUUUCGCGAGAACGCUUUAAGGUCCGUGAUGCGCGGCCUUUCGACCGAUUAUAGCGUUAAAUAAUCGGAAUUUCGAAAUUUGGCCCGAUAUAUUGACGAACAAACGAGUGGAAGCCGCUUUGGAAGCAUCGGAGGCUUGAAUUUAUUAUUGUGAUAGAGGUUUAGGUGCUUGCUGUAUUAUACAUACAUGCCGAGGUGACCAAUAUUGGCAUCGAUUUUGGAUUUUUUUAAUCGAUGACUUAACGGCCCGGUUGUGAUACUUGUGCCAAAAUAAAGUGCUAAAUCUAACCAAGUGACUCUAUCUUUGGAAAAGUAAGUAAUUUUUGAUUUAAAAUGACUGACCGGCUACGCACCUCUAAUCCUUAUUCACCAUUGGACUACCAGCAAGGGAGCCAACCCAGACUGGCGGCCCGACGACCACAUUCUUCCGAUGGGGAAAUUAGCACCAGGAAAACCGUGAUAGUUUUCAUGAUAAUUGCAGCAUGUUUUGCUCUGCUGUGGCCAAAACUGUUUUAUCCUUUGUUGGUCAAAAACGCCAAUAAUCAGAUGAAGCCUGGUCCUGUUGAUAAAACUACAGGCUGCUGUGACGUAAUCUCUGAAGUAGACCUUGACACUAUAAAAAUCAUGUCGGAACUGUGCGCUACAAUUAUUGAGAAUGCCGAAAACGCCGGGCCAAAAGAAAUAGUGUCCCAAUGCAGAAAAGCAGUUCUGGAAACCUGCGGUAUUGAUAUAUCCGCAGCAUUGCAGGACAGGAUUUCUUUGGGACACUCUGUAAAACAGAUUUUAGAAGAAGUAAGAUCUCUUAAUGGAUCGCUGUGUCUUAAGUAUAAUUUUGGACUGUCGCCGUGGAAAUUGGGAGUGCCGCAUAGAGUUAAUAUCCACCUGGAUUCUGCUAUAAGACAAGAAAGGCCACCUCACUUGCGUCCAGAGUUGGUGCAUCCUGCGUUUAAAGAGAGGGGAAGGGCAAUUCCAGGAACUGAUGCUUUUCCCGAAAAAACAAGAAAAACUGGACCACCUCCACGAAUUGUUGAUGGGCAUCCCGGUCCCAUCCCUGGUAUGCGUCCUACUUUGGGUGGAGCUGGACACGUGGUUCCUCCAUCAAAGCACAACAACCAUGGAAUAUCGGGCAUUUUGCUGCCUAUGUACACUAUUGGGUUUGUGAUAUUUUUCGUUUAUAACAUUAUGAAGUUGGUAUAUAAGAAAAAACAGGAAGAUUAUGUAGGUGCUCCAUUAUAUCCGCCAUGUGAGACUGAUGAACAGUUUCAUAAAGAAGUGUUUGAGGCCAAUAAGCACUAUUUUAACCGGCCUAAGGAUACUAGCAAAAUUGGUUGCAAAGAAAAGGAUGCUAGGGACGAAGAACUGGACCAACUGCGCAAACGCCUGCACGAAACCGAGUUGGCCAUGGAACGUAUUGUUAAUCAUAUGGCGCAAGCUCCUUUAAUCAUGCAGGAAGAACCGUUAAAACCCAAUGGCACUCUACCAAAGGAUGAAGAUCAAGGCUCGGUGACCGUGAUGGCAAUAGAAGCCACCGCAAGCGCAGAAAGUGGCAAAAAAUGGUCACGUCCAGAUUCACCAGUUUUACCACAUCCUCAGCCUGUUCCUCCUAAGGAACCCACUCCUCCUCCACAGCAAAUAUUCCUCGAGGGAUCACUGCCACCUCAAUCUCAGCUCUUGGUAGCUGAUUCAGCCACUGAAGCCGAAAAAAGCCCCGAAGAUGACUCGCCCGUAGUUUUAGCUGGUAAAAUGACUCUAAGUGUUAUAAGUCUGGAUUCUGAAGAUUCUUCGGGAUCUGGCAAGAAAUCGGAUUCACCAGAAGAGGGUCGAAGGACUAGUGGAAGCAACACUUCUGACGAGUUUGUCAAAAUUGAUGCUGAUGAACUAGAAGAGCAGAUCAACGAUAUCAUUGUGGAAGCCGAGAGAGUGGCUGUGACUGAAGAAAAGAGAGGUCAAGCAGAAAAAGAAGAAGAAGAAGAAGAAGAACCAGUUAGAAACGUCGAAGUAUCGGAUCUGCCCAUCACCCCUAGCCUUAAUGAAAAAGAGAGCGAAACAAAUAUUUUAGAAGAAAUAAAAAAUCAGUUUAAUUUGGAAGAUGACUUAAUGCAAAUUUUAAAAGACAGAGAACCUGAGGGAAAAGUUAGCCUUCCUGUUACUGAUAUUAUUAAAGAAUUUUUGGCUAGUGAGGAAAAUGCUUUAGAUAUGAGUGCAGAAGAAAAAGAGACGGUCCCAGACUCUGCGAUUCCAGAAACUGAAGCGAAACAAACAGCAGAUUUUGAUGAGGAAGAACUACCGAUAGUCGAAGAAUUGGCUCAAAUUGAGAAACCAAAAAUUGAAGAGCAACCGGAUGUUAAAGAAGAAAAAGAAAGUGAAAAAAUUGAAAUACACGAUUUGCAACAAGUAGAAAAGAGAAUCAUAGAAGAACAAACCACAGGCCAAGAAUUCGAGAUUGAGGAAGCCACAGGAAAACUUGACGAAAAUGAAUCAAUAUGUAGUAAACAAAUCCCCCAAGAAGAAAUACAUGAUAGUGAACAACCUAAACCAACUACUUCAGAUCUCUUACUAGAAGGACCUCAGGUUAAAGAAGAUACUGAUAUUGAAACAAUUACCACUACAACUGAAGAAGAACCUGACCAUACAAAUCUCUUACUACAAGGACUUCAGGUUAAAGAAGACACUGAUGUUGAAACAAUUACGACCACAACCGAAGAAGACCCUGACGAUACAAAAGAACCUUUAGAUUUUGAAGAAGAAGUCGAGUAUGUGGAAGAAAGCGAAGAUACCGAUGAAAAUGAUGAAGAUGAAGAGCUGAGUGAAGGAGAUAAUGAAGAUUUAAAUGCGGGAGGCAUCGAUGUGUCAACGGGCGGAGGUGUGAUUAGUAAUAUGGUGGCAGAUAAUGAGAUUUCCGAUGAGGAUGAAGUAGAAGACGACGAAGAAGAAAUAGAAGAAAUCAUCGAAUACGUCGAUAAUACAGACGAAGAGGGCGAAGAAAUCAUUGAAAUUAAUGCAAACGAGGACGAUAGGCAUCAUCACUUACAUCAAAAUGGUGAUGGGCCUUAAAUUUACAAAUGUUAUGGUAUUAGGACAUUAAUCAGAAAAGACGUUAGUUUAAAUAUGGGUUGUGAUAACUAAACGUCAAAUAAAUCAUUUUAAGGAUCACAUAUAUUAGAGUUCAA